CCCUCAAUAAGCCACAUUGUUGCUCGAAACUCCAGCGCAGGAGUCCCGGGCCGCCGCUAGCACAGCCGUGUCACCAAGCCGGGGAGAUCCGCGGGCGAGAGCAGCGCGUGUGUGAGCCAGAGAGGUCCCACUGCCCUAGUAGAGUUGGGCCGUGAUUCUUCUCAAGUUGAGCCUUAGGGAUCUUGUGGCUGAAGUUAGUAUCUUGUCAGUGGGGCAUCCCAGCACGUCGCCGGGAGUGAUUCCUGGGCUCCUUCCAGUAGUUGUGACUACCAAAACCUCUUUUUAGAGACCCAGGACCCUCCAGCCGGGCGCGCCAUCGUGUGCCUUCUUUGUGUGCCUGCCGGACUCACCGCUCCCGGCCGGGCUGCCAAGCCCGGGUACAAAGCGGUCUAGCCGCGCGGCCCACCACCUCCGCACGCGCUCCAAGCCUUGGUUUUCCAACUUCGCGCCGUCGGGACGCGCGGCACGAUGAUUGCCUCUCAUCUGCUUGCCUACUUCUUUACGGAGCUCAACCAUGACCAAGUGCAGAAGGUUGACCAGUAUCUCUACCACAUGCGGCUCUCUGAUGAGACCCUCCUGGAGAUUUCUAAGCGGUUCCGCAAGGAGAUGGAGAAAGGGCUCGGAGCUACCACCCACCCCACGGCUUCAGUGAAAAUGCUACCUACCUUUGUGAGGUCAACUCCAGAUGGGACAGAGCAUGGAGAGUUCCUGGCUCUGGACCUCGGAGGGACCAACUUCCGGGUGCUUUGGGUGAAAGUCACGGACAAUGGGCUCCAGAAGGUGGAGAUGAAGAACCAGAUCUACGCCAUCCCUGAGGACAUCAUGCGAGGCAGCGGCACGCAGCUGUUUGACCACAUUGCUGAAUGCCUGGCUAACUUCAUGGAGAAGCUACAGAUCAAAGACAAGAAGCUCCCUUUGGGUUUUACCUUCUCAUUUCCCUGCAUCCAAACAAAACUAGACGAGAGUUUCCUGGUCUCGUGGACCAAGGGGUUCAAGUCCAGUGGUGUGGAAGGGAAAGACGUGGUCACUCUGAUCCGGAAGGCCAUCCAGAGGAGAGGGGACUUUGAUAUCGACAUUGUGGCCGUGGUGAACGACACAGUGGGGACCAUGAUGACCUGUGGUUAUGAUGACCAGAACUGCGAGAUCGGUCUCAUUGUGGGCACGGGCAGCAACGCCUGCUACAUGGAGGAGAUGCGCCACAUCGACACGGUGGAGGGCGACGAGGGGCGGAUGUGCAUCAACAUGGAGUGGGGGGCCUUUGGGGACGAUGGCGCGCUGGACGACAUCCGCACCGAGUUUGACCAGGAGAUCGACAUGGGCUCUCUGAACCCCGGGAAGCAACUAUUUGAGAAGAUGAUCAGUGGAAUGUACAUGGGGGAGCUGGUGAGGCUUAUCCUAGUGAAGAUGGCCAAGGAGGAGCUGCUUUUUGGGGGGAAGCUCAGCCCUGAACUCCUCGCCACAGGCCACUUUGAGACCAAGGACGUUUCGGAUAUUGAAGGGGAGAAGGAUGGCAUCCAGAAGGCCCGCGAGAUCCUGAUGCGGCUGGGCCUGGACCCGACCCAGGAGGACUGCGUGGCCACUCACCGGGUCUGCCAGAUCGUGUCCACACGCUCGGCCAGCCUGUGUGCAGCCACGCUGGCGGCCGUGCUGCGGCGCAUCAAGGAGAACAAAGACGCGGAGCGGCUGCGCUCCACCAUCGGGGUGGACGGCUCUGUCUACAAGAAGCACCCACAUUUUGCCAAGCGUCUUCACAAGACCGUACGGCGCCUGGUGCCUGACUGUGACAUCCGCUUCCUCCGCUCUGAGGACGGCAGCGGCAAGGGGGCUGCCAUGGUGACAGCAGUGGCCUACCGGCUGGCCGAUCAGCACCGAGCCCGCCAGAAGACCCUGGAGUCUCUGAAGCUGAGCCGCGAGCAGCUGCUGGAGGUCAAGAGGAGGAUGAAGGAAGAAAUGGAGCGAGGUCUGAGCAAGGAGACUCAUGCCGUUGCCCCCGUCAAGAUGCUGCCCACCUACGUGUGUGCCACCCCUGAUGGCACAGAGAAAGGUGACUUCCUGGCCUUGGACCUGGGCGGCACCAACUUCCGGGUCCUGCUGGUGCGCGUGCGGAAUGGAAAGCGGCGCGGAGUGGAGAUGCACAACAAGAUCUACUCCAUCCCGCAGGAGGUCAUGCACGGCACAGGGGACGAGCUCUUUGACCACAUUGUCCAGUGCAUUGCCGACUUCCUGGAGUACAUGGGCAUGAAGGGCGUGUCCCUGCCUCUGGGGUUCACCUUCUCCUUCCCCUGCCAGCAGAACAGCCUGGACGAGAGCAUCCUCCUGAAGUGGACUAAAGGCUUCAAGGCGUCCGGCUGCGAGGGCGAGGACGUGGUCACGCUGCUGAAGGAAGCCAUCCACCGAAGAGAGGAGUUUGACUUAGACGUAGUCGCUGUGGUGAACGACACGGUUGGGACGAUGAUGACCUGUGGCUACGAAGACCCUCACUGUGAAGUCGGCCUCAUCGUUGGCACGGGCAGCAACGCCUGCUACAUGGAGGAGAUGCGGAACGUGGAGCUGGUGGAAGGGGACGAGGGGCGGAUGUGCGUCAACAUGGAGUGGGGGGCCUUCGGGGACAAUGGCUGCCUCGAUGACUUCCGCACAGAGUUUGAUGCGGCUGUGGAUGAGCUGUCCCUCAACCCGGGCAAACAGAGGUUUGAGAAAAUGAUCAGUGGCAUGUACUUGGGCGAGAUUGUUCGUAACAUCCUCAUUGAUUUUACCAAGCGUGGGCUGCUCUUCCGUGGCCGCAUCUCAGAGCGACUCAAGACAAGGGGAAUCUUUGAAACCAAGUUCCUGUCUCAGAUUGAGAGUGACUGCCUGGCCCUGCUGCAGGUCCGUGCCAUCCUGCACCACCUGGGGCUCGACAGCACCUGCGAUGACAGCAUCAUUGUCAAGGAGGUGUGCACCGUGGUGGCACGGCGGGCAGCCCAGCUCUGUGGUGCCGGCAUGGCUGCUGUGGUGGACAAAAUACGAGAAAACCGUGGGCUAGACACCCUCAAAGUGACCGUGGGCGUGGACGGGACCCUCUACAAGCUACAUCCUCACUUUGCCAAAGUCAUGCAUGAGACGGUGAAGGACCUGGCUCCAAAGUGUGACGUGUCCUUCCUGGAGUCAGAGGACGGCAGCGGGAAGGGGGCGGCUCUCAUCACUGCUGUGGCCUGCCGCAUCCGGGAGGCUGGACAGCGGUAGAGCCCCUGAAGUUGGAAGGACUUCCUCUGGUUUCCCCUCUUUCCUGCCUUAAAUUGUAAGAUGCCACCCCCUGUGUCAGAGACGGACCCCUUGGCUCUUCCUUGGCAGAGAGGACCUUAUUGAACUGAGUUUUGUCUCUGUCUACUCAGCCGUUAGAGUUUGGUGCCCAAGCAUUGCCCCUCCCAAGAUAGAUGCAAUUUGAAGUUAGGAUUUAUUCAGUCUUCACAACCAUUACCACUGGUUCUCUUCAAACUUGAAAAAAAAAAAAAAAAAAAAAAAAAAAAAGAAAGAAAAGAAAUUGACCAGUAGUAAUCCCCUGGCCAAAUUCCAUGUCGCUGUAUCAUCCUACCGGAUGGGGACACUAAUGACAAGAUGCGGUUGCUUCACCUUGGAGCCUGAGCAUGACAUUUCUAGGUGGAGAGCAUCGUCCAGCAAGGAGGCUGAUGCUGUUCCUCCUCCCAGGGACCUGGGGGGUCUCCACCAACUCCAGCCGGAUUCUCCCACAGGCAGACCGUUGCAGGGAGGAGAGGUGGCAAGGGAGGGGAAACCCACGGGUAGCCAUGCGGCAGCCCCUCUUCAACCUCAUCUACAAGCAUUUGCCCAGUGGGUACCAGUGAAUGCUGUUUCUGGAACUAAAGCAUCCUGAGUCUGAGCAAACAAAACCAAAGCCAGGAAUUGACGCAUCCCAUGAGUGGGCUUGUCAUCACAUCUCCUCGUGGGGUCGCAAGUCAUCCAUCAGCAGUGGAUCUUUGGCAGAGGGUCUGUUAAAAAAAAAUUUUUUUUUCCUGCAUAAGUGGAAACACUGUAUUUUCAUUUUAAUUUAUAUUUGAAAUGUAUUUAGUUCAUGAAGUACAUCUGUUCCUUUAUCUUGACACUGUACGUACCUGAUCGGUUGUAUGUAAUGUAUUUAUACGUUAAUUUGGUAUGUAUAUAAAUCCACAGGAUCUCAGACUCAGCCUCAUUAGUAGAUGAGUGUAGUUUAAAGGGUGGAAGAUGAAGAUACUGACUGGUUACUAGAAAUACCUCAUUCACUUGCCAGAAGAGAAGAAAGCCUCUUUGGGGUGAGUGAAUGGUCAAGCAGCUGUUCCCACCUCGUCCUCUCCCUGCGAAGUCAGCAACUUGGAAGGAGGCUGGGGCUAUGGACUGAAGAAACCACACCACCUGGCUGCUCCGGCAAGAGUUUCCUGGAGCUGUAUUACCCGAGACGUUAACAGAGGAAGCGGGAAGCGUUUCGAAUAGACUCUGCUUAGAAAUCUUCAUCCAUAGGGAAGUUAGUAGUAUUUUCAGCCUCCCUAACAAGAUAAAGGAAGCCACCAAACACAUGAAAACAACGUCCAAUUGUUGCUAGCAAACCAAAACAAUUCAACAAUCAAACCAACAAACAAAACCUCAGGGGCAACACUGUGCUGGAUUUGUGUGCCCUCCACUAAAUUUCACCUCGAGUUUGUUUUGUAAAUGUUGUGCAAGAGGUGUUGUCCACAGACUUCCCUGGGCUGAGCUGUUUUAACAAGGAUUUCAGACUCCUUUGAGGGGCGGGAGAGGGACAUUAAAACCUUUCUUACUCUGCUUUGAGAGCGCAGUUCAUUCUGAAUCUGAAAGCCCACGUCUGCCCUAAACUAUGCACACACAUUACACCUGAAUACUUCGCAAUAAAGAGGGAAUGGCCUUGUAACCCUGUUGAGUAGGAUACAAGGUUCAAAAUCAAAAGAUGGAACUGCAUAACGCAGUAGCACCCAGUUUUUGCACAUUUAUCAAACUUGUCCUGAGAACAGUGUCUAGAUUUGUGUGUCACUAAGGGAUGCCCAAGAAAUAGAGAUGAACUUAAACUUGAAAAUUAGGCACCGUCUAUGAACUUGUACAUUUUUAAAAGGUAGAGCUGUGUGUGUGUAUGUGUGUGUUUUGCUAUUUAAGAUGUGCUGUUGGUUUUCCAAAAAGGAAUGCUGGAAAAUGCAUUUUGAAUGUUUGUGUUCUCACUUAGGUGACAGUUCCUUGCAGAUGCUGCUUUGCCCAUGUCAAUCUUUGACUGGAAAUGUGCUCAAUGGCAGAUCAUCUCAAAUCUUCGAGCACUCGGUUUAGUGAAGACGUUGUUGUGUACAGUAAAGAACUAGUUGAAUUAACUGUGUGAUGUUAACUAUUAUUAAUAAAUUUUAACAUUUUUCAAAAUA